AUGGGCACAACACUCCUGUUGUUGUUGACGAUCAGUAUGCUGUGGCCGACGGCUCAUGGGUUGCUGAUUCCUCAAUCCCAUGUCACUACGUCAUCUUCCACUACAUCUACAUGUAGUACUCGGCUGUGGGCCAAAAUGCCAUGGGACAAUAUGAUGGACGACGUGUUUGCCAAAAUGACGACCCCGAGCAACAAUAACAAUAACAACAUGCCAACUACUGAUAGUACUACUGAUAGUAGUAACAACGACGAGCUCAUGUUGGAAUUGGAAGAUCAAUCGGAUGUAGUAUUGGGCUUGCAAAUUGCCUUGGACGAAUUGGAAUUGAUUUUGGACAAGAAACAAGCCGAAUUGGAAAACAAGCAAGACACCUGGAGUCAAGAAAAGACGGGACUCAUUGCACAGAUUGCGUCGUUGACAUCGUCUAUUACGCAAUUUCAAUCCGCACAAGAAGAAGAUGAGGACGAACGAGACGAACAAGAAGCAGCCGCAGCCGAUGUCCAACGAGAAAUGGAACGAUUGCAACGCGAAUUGCGACUCUUGCAAAAUCAAAAACAAAAAGUCGCACUCCGCAUGGAACAAGAAAAGGAACGCAAUGAUGCAUUACAACAACGCGUCAACAAGGCCAAUGAUGCACUCGAAUAUGAACAAAUGCUCUUUUACAAGGACAAGAAACAAUUCCAAGAACGACUUUCUGCACAACAGGCCGAGUUGCGAGGAAUGCAAUCCAAAUUGACACAACAAGAAGCAGCCUUUGAAACCACACAAACCGAAUUGGCAACAUCCGUACAAACGGAACAAAAUCGAUUGGAGACGACACGACAAGAAAUUCAAGAAUUGCGACAAGACUACGAACAAGGACAACGUGAGCUCAAACAACAAGUCGCCGCACAGGAAGUGACACUCCAACAAGCCCAACGAGAAUUGGAACGACAACGCAAACAAGCGGCACGCGAAAAACAACAACUCGAACAAGAAAUUGAAUUGGAUCAAUUACGAAUUGAUCAAAUGCAAACGACCAUGGAACAACAAGCCGACAAGUUUCAAAAUUGGGUCCAACCACAACUCGAACAAUCCUUACAAGAAGAAACACUCAAAGUCGAACAAUUGGAACGAAAAUUACAACGAGAACAAGAUCGAUUUCUCAUGGAAAAAACAUCGUUGGAAAGUCGCAUUGCCGCCGAACAAGAACGCUUGACAAUCGUCGCCAAACAAUUUGUACAAACACGCUCGGCACAAAAACAAAUUCGAAACGAAUUACAGCAAGAACAAGAAUUGAUGGCAGAACAACGAGCGACCGAUCGAGCACGCAUGGCACAGCGUUAUGCGACGUUGCGACAAUCCUUGUUGGAACGGGUGGAACGAGAAAAACGAGUGGGACGACAGGAACAACGCACGUUGUCGGACCGGUACCGGGCGCAAUUCUCCGAUAUGGAAAAUGCCAUGGCCACCAUUCAAGACCAAGUGGCCAAUGUCGUGACAUCCAACCACCAUCUGCAAGCAAGUGUGGCCGAUAUGCGAACUCAAGUCCAACGAGUCUAUAAGGAAACGCAAGAAUCGGAUCUGCGAUAUCAACGAGUGCUAGGGGAGCGAACGACGGAAAUUGGCACGUUAGAAAGCAAUAUUGAAGAUAUGAAAGUGACCAAUCAAGUACGAGGAGAAGAGAUUGAACGAAUGGAACACAGUUAUCGUGCCGUGGUCAAAUCGACUGUGGCGUUGACGGGACGACGAUUGAAUCGUCUCAAUCCGCUGCGGUUGAUCCGAAGGCGAGGUAAGAAUAGUAACUAA